CGCCCCUCCCUGUUCCCUGUUAAAGGGAAGGGACAUCCCGCCUCCAGCUCCUCUCGUCCUGUCCGCGGAGCUGCGGCACCGCGCUCCCUCCGCACGACCUGCUGUUUGCGGCAAUGCCCGUGAAAAACUGAAACCCCCGGACAAAAAGUUGUUUUCCAUGGAAAGAAAGGCUCCACGUGCAGGACGAUGGGGUAUGGACAAAUGCUCCACCGGCGUGGGGAUGAGGAGGACCAGGUCCACCUCAACGUGGGGGGAGUUCAACAUGAGGUGGAUCCGGACAUGCUGCUCCAGUUCCCUCACACGCGUCUGGCUCGUCUCCUCCGCUGUCAAAGCGAGGCGGCGAUCCUGGAGCUGUGCGACGACUACAGCCCGGCCGAAAAGGAGUACUACUUCGACAGGAACCCCCAGGUUUUCCUCUGCGUGCUCAACUUCUACCACACGGGACGUAUCCACACGAUGGAGGAGGUGUGCGUUUUCUCCUUCAGCCAGGAGAUCGAGUACUGGGGCAUCCACGAGUUACACCUGAGCCCCUGCUGCAGCAACUGGUACCACGAGAGGAAGGAGUACAUUGAGGACCGAGACUGGGACACCAGGAGUGACGACCAGCAGCCGCCGAGCUUGGACUCCUCCUUUGAGGAGCUCUCUGCUCUCGAUAAAGACCUCGCCAAGUUCAAAGGUGCCUGGUGUGCAGAGCUGCGGAGCUACAUUUGGCUCAGGCUGGAGGAUCCGGGUCACUCCAGAGCCUCAAAAAUCAUCGCCGUGGCCUCCCUCAGCCUGGUCUUGACCUCUAUUGUUGCCAUGUGUGUCCACAGCAUGCCUGAGUUCCAGCGCGUGGACGACAACGAGAGGCCCAUCGAGGACCCCGUCCUCGCCAUCCUGGAGGAGAUCUGCAUUGCCUGCUUUUCCGCCGAGUUCAUCAUCAGGCUGAUCGUUGCCCCCUCAAGCCGGAAGUUCCUCGGAAACCCCUUGAACAUCAUCGACGUUGCUUCCAUUUUGCCGUUUUACGCCACUUUGGCUCUGGAGACGGCCGACGAGGAGGGUGCGGAGGAGAACGCGGACCUGGAGAACGUCGGCAAAGUGGUGCAGGUCCUGCGCCUCAUGAGGAUUCUUCGAAUCCUCAAACUGGCUCGUCACUCCGUUGGGUUGCGAGCGCUGGGCGCCACCGUCCGCCACAGCUACCAGGAGGUGGGUCUUCUUCUUCUCUUCCUCUCGGUGGGGAUCUCCAUCUUCUCCGCCCUAAUCUACUUUGCAGAGAAGGAGGAGGAGGACACAGAUCUGGGGACCAUCCCCUCGGGCUGGUGGUGGGCGACAAUCACCAUGACCACAGUCGGCUACGGUGACACCUGCCCAGUGACGCUGGCAGGGAAGAUAGUAGCCACCUUGUGUAUCAUCUGCGGCCUACUAGUGGUCGCUCUGCCCAUCACGAUCAUCUUCAAUAAGUUUUCAAAGUACUAUCAAAGAAACAAAGCCAUAGAGGCACAAUGUAUCACCAAGCCUGAGAGGCGAGACCCAGAACUCCCUUAUUAUAACAUCAGAGACUUGUUCACGGACACCGUGUAUCCUUUCAUCGGGGGCAUCACCUUCAGGAACAGUGUGAGCAGUGCAGGCGAUGAUACAGAUGCCUCCAGUCUCCAGGACAUAGAGGUGUACGAUAAUGACACUUGUGAAAAUGGGGCGACAAAAUGAGAUGGCUGCCGUUUCACCCCGUGUCGCUCUCCCUUUACGACUGCGAGUCAGUCUGUGCCGCUCAGGGCAGAGUGCUCCGUCACCGACCCUGUCUUCCUUCACUGUCUUCCUCCUUUAAUUUUGACAGAGAAAUAUCAUGGCCAUGGUUUUAUUUAUAUAUAUAUUUUUUUUUCUACAAGGGACUAGCUUGUAAAAUAUACAGUCUUGCUAAAACAGGGACGUCUAAAGGGAAUUAUCCGAAUCUUGCUCGGAGGUUUGAAAGCCCAUUUUCCGCUUGAUAAAACUGCACUGAUGCAUGUAGAAGGCCAUAAUGUUAAUGUUUUCCAAAGUAAUGUCCUGUAUUGAUUUGUCCGCUCGCUGAAAGUUCACAUCGAGAGUUUCGGCAAGAGUGACAACGGCAGUUUGACGUUUAAAAAUGGUGUCAUAGAUCUCGACGGAUGAUUCGCAGUAUGCAUGAACAAAUUGAAAUGCAUUUUUUGAAAGUGAGUGAUGUAAAUAGUCCUUUAGAAUUAUGCAAUAUCAUUGAUGCUGUUCAACAGAGGCCAAACAUCUCAGUCAGAGCCCUGUGGAAGGCAUUGAUGUGCCAGGUUAUUGUUAUUAAAUCUGUGUUAUGGACAGCUGUGUUGGCAUGCUGGGUGACCCCUGGGGGGGGGGAACUCAAGUAGACAUGAAAUAAAACUCAGUGAAUCAGAUGAAAUAUGCCUCUGAUUUGUCACACGGCAUGUAUUAGGUUGUGUUAUUCACUCAAGACAAGGUAUUUAUAUUCAGAUUCAUUGCAUCUAUUUAUCACCAUAUGAAUCCAAAUGGGCAGGAUUCCACAUUGGCUGCAACUCUUUUUGGCUACAAUGACUCUAAAAAUCUAGAAAUCGUUAACAACGUCUUUUCUUUUGCAGUUUAAAGGAAACCUUCUUUUUCCUGGUCAGUCUUUUCUCCUCCUUAAAGCAUUGAUUUCCUGUCCCGUGUUAUCAUCUCCGGUUGGAUGAGCUGCUUUCCUACUAGAGCCAGAGAUGCAGGGGUCUCAAAGGUGCCAAUGUAGUUCACUAGAAGCAUCUUCUCUCCAAGUUAACAUUACUUGUGUCUUAUCUUCUCUCUGAAACCCGUGGCAGUUGAUCAAUGUACAGAUACACAGUUCUUACUCCACAGCAGCUUGUGUAGAGUCUAACCACGGACGGACCUGAACACAUAUUACCUUUUACUGUCUGAUUAUUUGUAAAAAUGAGUUUCGGUCAUUGGGCCUCAGGUGUGCAUCACAUAGAAGAUUACCAUAUUUCUUGGUACCAUUUACUUCAAUGGCAAAGCCAGAGGAUUGGUUCAGACAAGAGUUGACAAUUUCGGUACACUUGAUAAUACAUAAAAACAUUUUUGAGAGCACAGUUGACACUAUACACUUCAUCACUGUGACGCCUUUGCAUGAAAAACCUUUAUGUAUUCUGGCAGAGUUUCCAUUCAAAGAAAAAUCUGAAAGGUCACCGGAUGAACAAAGGGGCAAGGGAAUCACGUUUGUGUGAGGUUUCUUAUAGACCUUUAAGUGUUUACAGGCCUUACAGGUUACAUAACACAGCACUGACAAAAACACAUACGGUAAUAAGGGAACAGUGCUCGAGGCAUUACUGGAUUAAAGUGUUAACAAAAGAACAAAAAACUUACACUUUGACUAGUGCUGUUGCAAUGGAUAUCCCUAAACACAUAAAAGACCAAUUCUUCUUCUACUCGGAUCUGUAAUCUUGAUUCAACGUUUCAGGGAACAACAACACCACUGUUGAAGAAUCCACCGUACGGGAUGCUGAUGAGGAUCCAGCAUCGCCGCCGGCAACAGAUAGUAAAGAACUUUUGCAUUACUCUCACCCUGCGUCUGGAUUUCAAUAUGCUGCCACUUUGCCGUUCCUUUCCUCCCGACCUUUCCAUCGUUCAAGCUCCCUGCCACCUGUCGGACUGACAAGAGACAGACACCCCUUGACAGAAAAAAAAAACGGACCGCUCUUGCAUCUCUAGGGCUUUCCACAAGGGUAUGGAGCAGCGAGCGAGUGGGAAAACGUUGCCAGCAAUUGGGGUCCAGGGGGGCAUGCCCUCUCGAUGCCUCUGGUACCGUCUAAUGCCACUAUUCCUAUUAUACACUGAUCUUAAUUAUUGCAUAUUUUAAUGAGUUUGUCUGAUAUGUUAACAUUUAGUGAGUUAUUGUAAAGGAGAAUCAAGAAAUUUAAAAAAAAAUUAAGAAUGAACACUCACGUUGAUACAGGAAAAAAAAUGACUUGUUAUCUGUUGUAUCCUUGAAAUGGUCACCUGAGCUGUGUGUAGUGAACAAAUGACGCAUGAAAAAUUCCUGUAAUAAAUAUGACACAAUG